AUGGGCAAAUAUAUUUACGAGAGAAAACAAAAGUCCAGAGCAGGCGGAAGAAACGCGAAACGGAAACCACGUGGUUCGAGGGUCCAACUCCUAGAAACAUCACUCGAGCAGCCUCGAGGUGCGAGCACGCGGAAGGCCUGUACUGUACCCGUUAAAACCCCGGCAAAUCCCCUCCCAUCUCUCGCGCUGCCUCUCUUUUCUCCCAUCCCACCGCUCACCAUGGCCGCUAUCGACGAGGCCUCUGGCCGCCGGGCGGCCAGCUGCUUCUUCGAGGUCGGCCAGCGCGAGAUCGGCUUAUCCAGCUCCCGCGCUUCGUCCUGCCGAAUCAGCGGCUCCGAGGGCCUAAUUGUGCGGAUGAGCCAAUAUGGAAAGUUGCGAGGUCAUAGUGGCUGUGUUAAUACUAUAAGCUUCAAUCCUGCUGGUGACCUCCUUGUGUCUGGUUCAGACGACACAGACAUCAUACUAUGGGACUGGCUUGCUAAAACUGAAAAACUAACUUACCCUUCUGGACAUCAACAAAAUCUCUUUCAUGCUCGUGUGAUGCCAUUUACAGAUGACAGCACCAUUGUGACCGUUGGUGCUGAUGGCCAGGUUAGGGUGGGACAACUGAAGCAGGGUGGUGAGUUCAUAACCAAACAAAUUGGGGAGCAUCAUGAUCGUGCGUAUAAGAUGGCUCUCGAACCAGGAAGUCCUCACAUACUUUACAGCUGUGGAGAGGAUGGCUUGGUACAACACUUUGACCUGCGCAGUGAUUCACCAACAAAGCUUCUCACCUGCUAUUCAUUCUCAAAUAGAAGGCGCCGUGUAAGACUGAAUACCAUUGCUAUUGACCCACAGAACCCUAAUUAUUUUUCGAUCGGUGGCUCCGAAGAGUAUGUACGGCUGUAUGAUUUUAGGAAAAUAAACUUGGAGUCUUCAAGCAAUAUGAACCUACCAGUUGAUACCUUCUGCCCUAAGCACCUUCUUAUGGGUGGGAAGGUCCGUAUCACUGGCAUUGCAUACUCUUAUUCAAGCGAGUUACUUGUCUCAUACAAUGACGAGCUUAUCUACCUGUUCGAAAACUAUAUGGGUCUUGGUCCGAAUCCUGAAUCAACACAGCCAGAGCAUUUGGACAAGCUCGAGCAGCUACAGUCAUACUCUGGUCACAGAAAUUUCAGAACUGUUAAAGGAGUCAGUUUCUUUGGACCCAAUAAUGAAUAUGUUUUGAGUGGGUCAGACUGCGGGCAUGUGUUCAUUUGGAGGAAAAAGGGAGGUGAAUUGAUGAGGAUCAUGCGCGGCGAUAAACAUAUUGUUAAUUGCAUCGAACCCCAUCCGCAUUUUCCCUUCCUAGCUACUAGUGGGAUAGACAACACGAUUAAGAUUUGGACACCUUCGUCAAGCAAAGUGAUGCAAUUGCCUCAAUAUGCAAAUAAAGUAAUAGCUUCAAACUGGCGGGAGAGGCAAUUCUAUGCCUCCCGAGGAGAAGUGACACUUUCAGCUGACGUCAUGAUGCGUAUCUUAAGAUUGCAAAGUACACAAUCUGAACUGUACGCAAAUCAUGAACCAUCUGCUGCCGAUUUCGCAACUGGUGGCGAUGAGACUUUCUUCAUUGGGCUUGGUGAUGGUGAUGGGAACCAAAGAUCGAACUCUGAUCCCAGGGAAUGCAUUGUGACAUGA